AUGAGGGAGAUCGGAUCGCAUUGCAGGAGUCGUGAUGAGGGCGAUCGGAUCGCGUGUCAGUGCAGGAGUCGUGAUGAGGGCGAUCGGAUCGCGUGUCAGUGCAGGAGUCGUGAGGAGGACGAUCGGAUCGCGUGUCAGUGCAGGAGUCGUGAGGAGGGCGAUCGGAUCGCGUGUCAGUGCAGGAGUCGUGAGGAGGACGAUCGGAUCGAGUGUCAGUGCAGGAGUCGUGAUGAGGCCGAUCGGAUCGCGUGUCAGUGCAGGAGUCGUGAUGAGGGCGAUCGGAUCGCGUGUCAGUGCAGGAGUCGUGAUGAGGGCGAUCGGAUCGCGUGUCAGUGCAGGAGUCGUGAUGAGGGAGAUCGGAUCGCGUGUCAGUGCAGGAGUCGUGAGGAGGACGAUCGGAUCGCGUGUCAGUGCAGGAGUCGUGAGGAGGGCGAUCGGAUCGCGUGUCAGUGCAGGAGUCGUGAGGAGGACGAUCGGAUCGCGUGUCAGUGCAGGAGUCGUGAGGAGGACGAUCGGAUCGCGUGUCAGUGCAGGAGUCGUGAGGAGGACGAUCGGAUCGCGUGUCAGUGCAGGAGUCGUGAGGAGGACGAUCGGAUCGCGUGUCAGUGCAGGAGUCGUGAUGAGGGAGAUCGGAUCGCGUGUCAGUGCAGGAGUCGUGAUGAGGGAGAUCGGAUCGCGUGUCAGUGCAGGAGUCGUGAGGAGGACGAUCGGAUCGCGUGUCAGUGCAGGAGUCGUGAGGAGGGCGAUCGGAUCGCGUGUCAGUGCAGGAGUCGUGAGGAGGACGAUCGGAUCGCGUGUCAGUGCAGGAGUCGUGAGGAGGACGAUCGGAUCGCGUGUCAGUGCAGGAGUCGUGAGGAGGACGAUCGGAUCGCGUGUCAGUGCAGGAGUCGUGAGGAGGACGAUCGGAUCGCGUGUCAGUGCAGGAGUCGUGAGGAGGGCGAUCGGAUCGCGUGUCAGUGCAGGAUUCGUGAUGAGGGCGAUCGGAUCGCGUGUCAGUGCAGGAGUCGUGAGGAGGACGAUCGGAUCGCGUGUCAGUGCAGGAGUCGUGAGGAGGACGAUCGGAUCGCGUGUCAGUGCAGGAUUCGUGAUGAGGGCGAUCGGAUCGCGUGUCAGUGCAGGAGUCGUGAUGAGGGCGAUCGGAUCGCGUGUCAGUGCAGGAGUCGUGAUGAGGGCGAUCGGAUCGCGUGUCAGUGCAGGAGUCGUGAUGAGGGCGAUCGGAUCGCGUGUCAGUGCAGGAGUCGUGAUGAGGGCGAUCGGAUCGCGUGUCAGUGCAGGAGUCGUGAGGAGGGCGAUCGGAUCGCGUGUCAGUGCAGGAGUCGUGAUGAGGGAGAUCGGAUCGCGUGUCAGUGCAGGAGUCAUGAUGAGGGCGAUCGGAUCGCGUGUCAGUGCAGGAGUCGUGAGGAGGGCGAUCGGAUCGCGUGUCAGUGCAGGAGUCGUGAGGAGGGCGAUCGGAUCGCGUGUCAGUGCAGGAGUCGUGAUGAGGGCGAUCGGAUCGCGUGUCAGUGCAGGAGUCGUGAUGAGGGCGAUCGGAUCGCGUGUCAGUGCAGGAGUCGUGAUGAGGGCGAUCGGAUCGCGUGUCAGUGCAGGAGUCGUGAUGAGGGCGAUCGGAUCGCGUGUCAGUGCAGGAGUCGUGAUGAGGGCGAUCGGAUCGCGUUUCAGUGCAGGAGUCGUGAUGAGGGCGAUCGGAUCGCGUGUCAGUGCAGGAGUCGUGAUGAGGGCGAUCGGAUCGCGUGUCAGUGCAGGAGUCGUGAGGAGGGCGAUCGGAUCGCGUGUCAGUGCAGGAGUCGUGAUGAGGGCGAUCGGAUCGCGUGUCAGUGCAGGAGUCGUGAUGAGGACGAUCGGAUCGCGUGUCAGUGCAGGAGUCGUGAUGAGGGCGAUCGGAUCGCGUGUCAGUGCAGGAGUCGUGAUGAGGGCGAUCGGAUCGCGUGUCAGUGCAGGAGUCGUGAGGAGGGUGAUCGGAUCGCGUGUCAGUGCAGGAGUCGUGAGGAGGGAGAUCGGAUCGCGUGUCAGUGCAGGAGUCGUGAGGAGGGCGAUCGGAUCGCGUGUCAGUGCAGGAGUCGUGAGGAGGGCGAUCGGAUCGCGUGUCAGUGCAGGAGUCGUGAGGAGGGCGAUCGGAUCGCGUGUCAGUGCAGGAGUCGUGAGGAGGGCGAUCGGAUCGCGUGUCAGUGCAGGAGUCGUGAUGAGGGCGAUCGGAUCGCGUGUCAGUGCAGGAGUCGUGAUGAGGGCGAUCGGAUCGCGUGUCAGUGCAGGAGUCGUGAUGAGGGCGAUCGGAUCGCGUGUCAGUGCAGGAGUCGUGAUGAGGGCGAUCGGAUCGCGUGUCAGUGCAGGAGUCGUGAUGAGGGCGAUCGGAUCGCGUGUCAGUGCAGGAGUCGUGAUGAGGGCGAUCGGAUCGCGUUUCAGUGCAGGAGUCGUGAUGAGGGCGAUCGGAUCGCGUGUCAGUGCAGGAGUCGUGAUGAGGGCGAUCGGAUCGCGUGUCAGUGCAGGAGUCGUGAUGAGGGCGAUCGGAUCGCGUGUCAGUGCAGGAGUCGUGAGGAGGGCGAUCGGAUCGCGUGUCAGUGCAGGAGUCGUGAGGAGGGAGAUCGGAUCGCGUGUCAGUGCAGGAGUCGUGAGGAGGGCGAUCGGAUCGCGUGUCAGUGCAGGAGUCGUGAGGAGGGCGAUCGGAUCGCGUGUCAGUGCAGGAGUCGUGAUGAGGGCGAUCGGAUCGCGUGUCAGUGCAGGAGUCGUGAUGAGGGCGAUCGGAUCGCGUGUCAGUGCAGGAGUCGUGAUGAGGGCGAUCGGAUCGCGUGUCAGUGCAGGAGUCGUGAUGAGGGCGAUCGGAUCGCGUGUCAGUGCAGGAGUCGUGAUGAGGGCGAUCGGAUCGCGUGUCAGUGCAGGAGUCGUGAUGAGGGCGAUCGGAUCGCGUGUCAGUGCAGGAGUCGUGAUGAGGGCGAUCGGAUCGCGUGUCAGUGCAGGAGUCGUGAUGAGGGCGAUCGGAUCGCGUGUCAGUGCAGGAGUCGUGAGGAGGGCGAUCGGAUCGCGUGUCAGUGCAGGGGUCGUGAUGAGGGAGAUCGGAUCGCGUGUCAGUGCAGGAGUCGUGAUGAGGGCGAUCGGAUCGCGUGUCAGUGCAGGAGUCGUGAUGAGGGCGAUCGGAUCGCGUGUCAGUGCAGGAGUCGUGAUGAGGGCGAUCGGAUCGCGUGUCAGUGCAGGAGUCGUGAUGAGGGAGAUCGGAUUGCGUGUCAGUGCAGGAGUCGUGAUGAGGGCGAUCGGAUCGCGUGUCAGUGCAGGAGUCGUGAGGAGGGCGAUCGGAUCGCGUGUCAGUGCAGGAGUCGUGAUGAGGGCGAUCGGAUCGCGUGUCAGAGUCGUGAGGAGGACGAUCGGAUCGCGUGUCAGUGCAGGAGUCGUGAGGAGGACGAUCGGAUCACGUGUCAGUGCAGGAGUCGUGAUGAGGGCGAUCGGAUCGCGUGUCAGUGCAGGAGUCGUGAGGAGGGCGAUCGGAUCGCGUGUCAGUGCAGGAGUCGUGAUGAGGGCGAUCGGAUCGCGUGUCAGUGCAGGAGUCGUGAUGAGGGCGAUCGGAUCGCGUGUCAGUGCAGGAGUCGUGAUGAGGGCGAUCGGAUUGCGUGUCAGUGCAGGAGUCGUGAUGAGGGCGAUCGGAUCGCGUGUCAGUGCAGGAGUCGUGAUGAGGGCGAUCGGAUCGCGUGUCAGUGCAGGAGUCGUGAUGAGGGCGAUCGGAUCGCGUGUCAGUGCAGGAGUCGUGAUGAGGGCGAUCGGAUCGCGUGUCAGUGCAGGAGUCGUGAGGAGGGAGAUCGGAUCGCGUGUCAGUGCAGGAGUCGUGAUGAGGGCGAUCGGAUCGCGUGUCAGUGCAGGAGUUGUGAUGAGGGCGAUCGGAUCGCGUGUCAGUGCAGGAGUCGUGAUGAGGGCGAUCGGAUCGCGUGUCAGUGCAGGAGUUGUGAUGAGGGCGAUCGGAUCGCGUGUCAGUGCAGGAGUUGUGAUGAGGGCGAUCGGAUCGCGUGUCAGUGCAGGAGUCGUGAUGAGGACGAUCGGAUCGCGUGUCAGUGCAGGAGUCGUGAGGAGGGAGAUCGGAUCGCGUGUCAGUGCAGGAGUUGUGAUGAGGGCGAUCGGAUCGCGUGUCAGUGCAGGAGUCGUGAUGAGGGCGAUCGGAUCGCGUGUCAGUGCAGGAGUUGUGAUGAGGGCGAUCGGAUCGCGUGUCAGUGCAGGAGUUGUGAUGAGGGCGAUCGGAUCGCGUGUCAGUGCAGGAGUCGUGAUGAGGGCGAUCGGAUCGCGUGUCAGUGCAGGAGUCGUGAUGAGGGCGAUCGGAUCGCGUGUCAGUGCAGGAGUCGUGAUGAGGGAGAUCGGAUCGCGUGUCAGUGCAGGAGUCGUGAGGAGGACGAUCGGAUCGCGUGUCAGUGCAGGAGUCGUGAGGAGGGCGAUCGGAUCGCGUGUCAGUGCAGGAGUCGUGAUGAGGGCGAUCGGAUCGCGUGUCAGUGCAGGAGUCGUGAGGAGGGAGAUCGGAUCGCGUGUCAGUGCAGGAGUCGUGAUGAGGGCGAUCGGAUCGCGUGUCAGUGCAGGAGUCGUGAUGAGGGCGAUCGGAUCGCGUGUCAGUGCAGGAGUCGUGAGGAGGGAGAUCGGAUCGCGUGUCAGUGCAGGAGUCGUGAUGAGGGCGAUCGGAUCGCGUGUCAGUGCAGGAGUCGUGAGGAGGACGAUCGGAUCGCGCGUCAGUGCAGGAGUCGUGAGGAGGACGAUCGGAUCGCGUGUCAGUGCAGGAGUCGUGAUGAGGACGAUCGGAUCGCGUGUCAGUGCAGGAGUCGUGAGGAGGGCGAUCGGAUCGCGUGUCAGUGCAGGAGUCGUGAUGAGGGCGAUCGGAUCGCGUGUCAGUGCAGGAGUCGUGAUGAGGGCGAUCGGAUCGCGUGUCAGUGCAGGAGUCGUGAUGAGGACGAUCGGAUCGCGUGUCAGUGCAGGAGUCGUGAUGAGGACGAUCGGAUCGCGUGUCAGUGCAGGAGUCGUGAGGAUUCCGGAGCCGGAGAAACGGGAGAAACCUGGAUUUGA